AUGAGAUCUAAGGUCACUGGCACAGGAAACCACACCUCUAAAUCCUGACUGAUGGUGUGAUGAUAAUGAUAAAUCCUGACAGGCCAUGACUGAUGGUGAAAAUCGUCUCAUCAUCGUCUUUAUUUGGAAAUGUAGUGAUUAAAUUAAAUUAUCACCUAUUCUUUAUUUCGAUUAUUACUAUUCAUGUGCCAUCUUUCGACAUACUAAUGCAGUGAAGCUAACGGGCGACCACCACAACCAGCUGAUGCAGUAUUUUACGACCUCGAAGCAGCAGUUGGACGCAGAGUUGAGCGACACUAAACAGAAGCUGUCUGCCGCAGUGCAGCAGAAAGAUGAGCUAAUUAACACUACGGCCGAGCUGCGUAGACAGCUCGACUCCAAGCAGCAUGACCUGCAAGCUAAAGAAGAAGCAGUCGCAUCCUUGCAGAAGGACAUCAAGCAACUGCUUCAAGAGUUCAACAUGCAGGCCGGCGACAUGAAGAACACCUUACACAAACAGGAGAAAGAAAUUAAAGAGUCUCACGAAACCAACGAGGCAUUGAAGAAAGCGUUAGAAAACCAAGAGGAGUUUACUAAGACAAUCCAUGCCCAAAACAGUAACUUGCAAGAAAAGAUAUCAUGCCUUGAAGACGAGCAUGCGGUUACUAUUAGUAAUCUCAAGGAUACGGAAGCCAAGCUACAGAUUGCUAGCUCUGAAAUUGAGAGUCUGAAGAAAGACAUUCAGAUUGUUAAUGAUAAGAAACAAGGACUGGAAAACGUCAUCAAAGCUAAAGAUGAUCUUCUCGUAAAAUAUGAAAAAGAAGUUGAACAAAUUAAAAGCCAUCUACGUGGCGUGGAAGGAGAGAAGGAUCAAGUGUCGUCGGAACUGUCUCGGGUCGAAGAUGAGGGUAAACUGAAGGCAGCUCGUGUCGAAGAGCUGGAAACGUCCCUCAAAGUGCUGCAGACUAAAAUGGCUGAUUUACAGGCCGAGUUGGUUAAAGAGAGAGAAACCACCGCUCAAAAGGUGUCCGAGCUCACUUCAAGUAUACAGCAGAAAGACAAAGAAUUGGACGACAACGCUGGCACUAUCGGCCGCCUCAUGGCCGACGUGAAGGCUGCUUGUGAAGCCCGCGCCCGAACUGAACUAGCUUUACAGAGGAGCAGGCAUGACCAUGAACUGGAUAGGGAAGCCUUUAAGGAUAAUGAGAGGAAAUUCUUGAAACAAAUCGAGCAGCUGGAGGGAAAUGUGCGGGUGAGUUCUAUAUGCAUUGAGGCCCUUAGGAAGAAAUGCAGGAAGCAGAUGCUGCAGCAACUAGGAGAAAAUCCAGCAUCAUUAAUUCUUGUAGGUAGUACUGAACUAGCUUUACAGAGGAGCAGGCAUGACCAUGAACUGGAUAGGGAAGCCUUUAAGGAUAAUGAGAGGAAAUUCUUGAAACAAAUCGAGCAGCUGGAGGGAAAUGUGCGGAGCAAAGACGACGAACUAUCGAAGCAGAUGUCCAUCAUUUUGGAGAUACGUGUCGAAAAGGAGAGGCUGCAGAGCAAGAUCGAGGGUAUGCAGGGCACCAUCGACAACAUCCAGAAAGAACUCACCGGACGAACUGCGCACUCUGUGCCCGCGCCGCCCCCCGAGCAUGACGACAACGCCCUGAUGUGCCCUCCCACUAAAGUCACUAAGAUUACAGGCGAGGCCAAGUUACCCGCACCAAAUGGAGAGCCCAAGCAGCUCGACAACAUGCUCUUCAGCUUGUUCAGCGACGGCAGCAUGGACGGAGACACGAUCGAUCCGUUUGAAGUUAAUCGUCGGUUUGACGCUCUGUCUCGCGGCGAGCGAGUGUCGCCUCUACCGCUGGGCUCGCUUAAGCGACGCGCCGGAGUACCCAUAUCACAUGGAGGCCUCAAACACAAAACCACCCCUGAUGUUGACAAUAUUUCAUUGUCGCAAGUUAAGAACGACAUGAAGAAUAAAGACAAAACAUUCUUCAAGAACAAACGCUUGGAGCCGAAGACGAGAAAACCGAAAUAAUUUAGAAUCCUAAUGUUAAAUUUUUAAUUAAAAUGUUACGUUUUUCAGUAAAGAAGUUUGCUUUUUGUUAAUUAAUUUCCGUAUUACCCAUAAUUUGUGCAUUAAUAAAUAUCUCAAAUACCUA